AUGGUCCAAGGUUUCGUUUCGCAAAGCUUGAUGGCCUCAAUGAGCCGCCUCUUCACUCAGCCCUCUCGGGUCGCUGUCAUUGCCUUUGCGUCCUUCAUUGGCUUUCUCCUCUUAUUGUUCGGUUACCGCAACUCGCCUACUAAUGUCAGAUCACCAUCGCUUGCGCCCUCAGACUCCGGUCGAGGUACCAUCAGCGCUGCGCGGCAAAAGUCCCUUGGUGCGAUCCAGAAUACCACGCUAGGGUUUGAAAAGAUCCUGGCCAUCAACCUUCCCGAACGGACCGACUACAGGGACGGACUGGCCCUGGCGGCGGCUGUCUCGAACAUCCAAGUCGAAUUCAUAAACGGCGUGCAUGGAGACACGGUCCUCGACAAAGUCCUCCCGCCCAAGCAUGUCGAGAACCCUGAAGCGGCACUACGGGGGAGUUGGCGCGCCCAUGUCAAUGCUCUGAGGAGCGUUGUCGAGCACAACUGGACGACGGCGCUGAUCUUCGAAGCCGACGUCGACUGGGACGUGCGGGUGAGGGACGUGCUGACGAACGUGGCGCUGGGAUCUGUAGCCUUGCUCUCGCCCUCCUCCCCACAAGGAGUCGAAGACCAGCAACUUCAUCUCUCUAGACUCUCAUUCCCCGUCACCGAGGCGCCACUCUCCCCGUACGGCGAUGGAUGGGACGUCCUCUGGCUGGGCCACUGUGGGAUGCAGAUCCAACGAGGCUCGAACAUCGUGGUGAUCGAAGAUGAGGACACCGUCCCGGAGGCGCAAUUCGUGCGGACCUGGGAUGCCGACGAGAGGUCGCCCCUCGAAGAAUACCCUGCUCACUCGCGCAUCGUGUUCCAGCCGGAAGGUUGCGUCUGCUCGAUCGGAUACGCCGUGACACAAGGUGGGGCGCGGAAGCUGUUAAACAGCCUGGGCCUCCAUCGCCUGAAUGCUCCCGUGGAUAUCAUGCUGCGGGAGUGGUGCGAAGGGCAGGAUGGGGAUGGCCCCCACGUGUGCGUGGGUACGCUGCCCACUGUGUUUGCGUCGCAUAGGCCGGCGGGAUCGACGGCUGGGGAUAGCGAUAUGGGGACGCCGAGCGAGGGGUUCAGAGACAGAGGCUUCACGCAGAAUAUCCGGUGGAGUGUCAGGAUGAAUAUGGAUAAGAUCGUGCGUGGCGAUACAGACUAUGAGGAUCAGUUUUCUGAUACUGUAGAGGAGCUUGUAGAUUAA